AUGUCAACAGAGACAGAGCUACAGCCAGCGGUCAGGCCCAGCAGCGUCAGACGUGACUCCAAGAGGAAAGGGCAGGAUCGCAGCGAGGCAGCUCUCAUCAGGCGUUUUAAGGGCGAUGGUGUCCGCUACAAGGCCAAGCUCAUCGGCCUGGACGAGGUCACUGCCGCCCGCGGAGACAAACUCUGCCAGGACUCGAUGAUGAAGCUCAAGGGUAUAGCUGCAGCAGCACGGUCAAAAGGAGAACACAAACAGAAGGUGUUUCUGACUGUGUCCUUCGGAGGGAUCAAGAUCUUUCAUGAGAAGUCAGGGGUCCUCCAACACCACCAUGCAGUCCAUGAAAUCUCCUACAUUGCCAAGGACAUCACGGACCACCGAGCCUUUGGCUACGUCUGCGGGAAGGAAGGGAACCACCGCUUCGUGGCUAUCAAGACGGCACAGUCGGCCGAGCCGGUGAUUCUGGACCUGCGGGACUUGUUCCAGCUCAUCUAUGAGAUAAAGCAGAGAGAGGAGAUGGAGAAGAAGGCCCAGAAAGACAAGCAGUGCGAGCAGGCUGUUUACCAGACAAUACUGGAGGAGGAUCUGGAGGACCCGGUCUACCAGUACAUUGUGUUUGAGGCAGGACAUGAGCCCAUCCGUGACCAAUCAGAAGAGAGCAUUUAUCAGGUUCCCACCAGUCAGCAGAAGGAAGGGGUCUAUGACGUCCCAAAGCGACACCCAAAUAUCAACCAAUUAGAGAUUUUUGGAGACAUGUCCACACCUCCUGACAUUACAUCUCCAUCGACCCCCGCCUCUCCAGCCACCACCCUCAACCCCUCGCAGGGCCUGCAGCCUCCCACGGAACUGUUUGCUCCCUUCAACCCUGCGUCUGUGCCCUCAGGUUAUGUGACAAUGGGAGCAGUACCCCCCGGCCACUGGUCCCAGCAGGCGUUUGCUGCUCAGACACCACUGGCCUUUGGGGUCCAGUCUCCACUAGGCCCGGUAGCCCAGGUGCUGCCUGGUGGCCAACCUCUCAUCUGGGGGCAGGCAAACAUCUUCCCCGCCACCCAGCAGCAGUGGGCAGCCAUGGCAGCUGGAGCCUUCCCCCCCACAGCCUACCUCCCUGCCCAGCCUGUGGGCACCCUUCCCGCUGCCAUGUUCCAGACUCUCACCCCCGUCACGACUGUGACUCCAGCCGGCGAGAGCCAUUCAGCGUCGUCGAGUCCGGAGCACGGGGAGAGGGGGAAGAAGAUGGGCAAGGAGAUUUUCAAGGAUUUUCAGCUGGCGAAGCCUCCAGCCAUGCCGUCAAAGAAGGCUGAUCAGCCCAAUUUAGCAGGAACGUCAGAGGCAUUCAGCACUUACUUCAGCCGUGUGGGCACUGCACAGGACACGGACGACUGUGAUGACUUUGACAUUUCUCAGAUGAAUCUGACACCAGUCACCUCCACAACACCAUCCACCAACUCACCACCCACCCCAGCUCCCAGGCAGAGCUCUCCCUCCAAGUCCUCAGCCUCCCAUGUCAGUGACCCCCCCACUGACGCCACAGACCCCCCCACAGACGACUCAUUUGGGGAAGCAGAGGGGAGCCCUAGUCGCAGUGGAGAGGAAGAUGCUGAAAGCCAACAGUGUGUGACAGCCAAUCAGAAACCGUGUGCUUCGGUGAACAGGACAUCUUCUGGGAUUUGCCGGAGUUGUAUGCACAAUGCUGAUCUUGGAUGUUCUUCUCAAUAUCAAGAUGAUGUGUGCUGUCAUUUUAUGCAUUAUGUAUGUUCUGUGAUGUAAUGUGACUUAUAAUGUGUGCAUUAU